UUUAUUUAAAAAUAAAUAAAAAAAAUUAAAAAAAUAUUUUUCUUUAAAAAAAAUGCUAUCUUUCAAUAAAUCUAUAAAUUUUUAAAUUAUCCUGUGGAAUAAAUAAUUUAAAUUAAAAUAUUUUUCGUAAAUAUUUACUGUAAAAAUCACAAAAUAUCCUCCAAAUUUCUAUCGGAGUUUAAAUAUUUCUGAAAAUAAAUAAAAAAAAGUCCAAUUUCAUCCAGAUAUCAACCGAAAACCAACAAAAAUGUCACGAAUUUUCAUGAAUAUUUUACUUUACGUCAGUUUCUUUGUCAUUUGUGGCUGUGCGUACGUAAAACCACCAAGCUACGAGAAUUAUCAAGAUCCCUCGAUGCUCGUCGCUAAUAAACUUGCUGAUAAUGCGUACGAGUAUCAAGAUGAACCCGUGGAACAGCCAAGACCGAAUCUCCUGCAAACGUUGAUGAACUCGAGAAAUCCGGAAGAUGAGCCGUGGAUUCGUUUGUACAAAGCUGCGUUGCAAAAUAACUGGCCCAACAAUCAGGAAUGGAUCAAAAGUGUUCCGUAUGGGAAACGUACAUCGAAUAGUUACAUGAGUAUGUGCCACUUCAAGAUCUGCAACAUGGGAAGACGAAAAAAGUUUUAGAUCAACAUCGAUGGAAGCAAAAUGCAUUCAGUAGCUCAAAUUAUCUCAGCUUUUGACCGCGCAAAGCUUGUAUGUUUGAUG